UUUCCGUCCUCCCUCUCCCUCCCCUCCCUCAACCCUCCUCUGUCCCCCUGCCUCCUCCAGUCCUUCCAAUGACAACCCCACAUGUAAUCGCGUCCUCGUCCAUGGCCUCUCAAUCUGCUACUACCAACGGCAUCGUCGGCAGUCAUUUUCGUGUCGGGAAGAAAAUCGGAGAGGGUUCAUUUGGUGUCGUCUUUGAAGGAACCAACACUAUCAACAACCAACCCGUCGCCAUCAAAUUCGAACCUCGCAAGUCAGAUGCACCUCAGCUACGCGAUGAAUACCGCUCGUAUCGGACCCUCAAUGGCACUCCUGGUGUCCCGCAAGUUCACCAUUUUGGUCAAGAGGGCCUCCAUAAUGUCCUCGCGAUUGACCUUCUGGGCCCAAAUCUGGAGGACCUUUUCGACAUGUGCGGUCGCAAGUUCUCCAUCAAAACCGUUUGCAUGGCAGCAAAGCAAAUGGUUACACGCGUUCAAGCUAUCCACGACAAGUCCCUCAUUUACCGUGACAUCAAGCCAGAUAAUUUCCUGAUUGGUGUUCCGGCCACCAAGAACGCUAAUACCAUCCAUGUAAUUGACUUUGGUAUGGCCAAGCACUAUCGCGACCCCAAAACAAAGGUUCAUAUUCCUUACCGUGAGCGAAAAUCUUUGUCCGGAACGGCGCGGUACAUGUCCAUCAACACGCAUCUGGGUCGCGAGCAGUCCCGGCGAGACGACCUCGAGUCACUUGGGCAUGUGUUCAUGUACUUCCUUCGCGGCGGCCUCCCGUGGCAGGGCUUGCGGGCAGCUACCAACAAGCAGAAGUAUGAGAAGAUCGGGGAGAAGAAGCAGAGCACUCCGAUUCCGGAGCUUUGUGAAGGUUUUCCAGAGGAGUUCUCAAUCUAUAUGACCUAUGUCCGUAGACUCGGCUUCGAGGAAAGCCCCGACUACGAUUUUCUGCGGGAGUUGUUCACCAAGGUCCUGAAGAAUUUGGGGGAGCAAGAGGACGGAAUUUACGAUUGGAUGCUGUUGAAUAAC